AUGGCGGCGACGGACAACAAAGUUUCUGUUGUCCUGCUCGGGCUGGGUGGAGUCGGAAAAAGUUGCAUCUGUUUGAAAUUGACGCAGCCAAGCCAGGAAAUUCCACAUGAGCACAUCAUAACGCCCUGGACAGACACCUUUCAACACAGAGUGUACCUGCGAAGAGGAAAAUCAGUGCUUCUGGAAAUCGACGACACUGCCGGCCAAGAGGAAAUGCGAGCUUUAUCCGAGGUCAAGCUCGACAACAAAGAUGCAGUGAUUCUAGUGCUCUCGCUAAGCGACGAGGAAAGUUUGGACACGGCGGCGAGAUGGUUCGAGAAAGCAAGAGAGAAAUAUUUGAGGACCCAGAGAGAGGCGGCGCAGCAAGGGAAAACGCCCAAGAAGAGCAAAGGCGUCGAGAGACCCUUGCCAAUUGUUGUAGCCUGUAAUAAAUGCGAUCUGAGUGGGAACGAAAUCAGAGUCACCAGGGAAACGAUUUCAGAGAGGAUACAGAUUCCUGAGAAUCAGAUAAUUUACACGUCAGCAAAGACGAACCAAAACGUCGAAUUAUUGUUCAAAACGGCGGCAGAGCUUGUCCUGAACACUGGUGCAAGAGACAGUCAUAACUGUAUGAUAAUGUGA